AUGUCCGGUGAUUGCCCUAUUACGUGUAUUCCUGAUACAAAGAGCAUUUUAAGUUUAAAUUUCAACGUCAAGCCAACGCCAUUCUUGGUCACUCGGCCCACAAGGCCAGCACAAAGAUGGUACGAGCUUGCAAUUGGUCUCAAAUUACAGUGUUAUCACAGGCGGCAAUUACCAGGAGCUUCACCCAACACAACACUAAGAGAAAGUGAACAGUUUUCACAAAACGUAUCCAAACAUUCGGUGGAUUCUGAGAACUCUAUACAUGAGGCUACUGAAUUACCAUGCCUCGAAGGUGAACCUAAGGGUGAAGCUGAAACAAAAGUUGAAGCUGAAUUAAAGGCUGAAGCUGAAUCAGAAACUUUAAACCAAAAUAGUGGUAGUCCUAAUGAUAAAGAAAAGGCUAUCAUAUCAUUCAACAGAAGGAUUGAGGCUCAGCUGCAAAUAGAGGAAGUUAGGAGGCACCAAGCAGAGCAUCAAACUAUACAAGCAGAGCAGCAAAUUAAGCAGUUAGAAAUUCAACAGAGUAUAGCAAUAAAUAAUAACAGAUUAGAGGAACAGAGAAUUGCAGCAGGGCAAGCUUCAAAAUCUGACCGACGUGACCUCACAGCUUCAAAAUCUGACCGACGUGACCUCACAGCUUCAAAGUCUGACCGACGUGACCUCACAGCUUCAAAGACUGACCGACGUGACCUCGCAGCUUCAAAAUCUGACCGACGUGACAUCACAGCUUCAAAGUCUGUCCGACGUGACCUCACAGCUUCAAAUUCUGACCGACGUGACCUCACCCAGGCAGGAACCCUUUCUACACCACGUGUAAGGAGACGAUUGGAGACUCGCUAA